AUGUGGUUGUUGCAUGAUUACCUGCAUAUUCCCAAUCAACAAGGCAAAGAGAAUGAGGCCAAAGAUAGCAAGUGCGAUGCUGAAUAUAGACUCCCCAGGAUAAGUACUGGUUUGAAGGCCCUGUCCAAGUGUACUGAAGAAGCAAAGAUGACGAAUGCAAAUUACUUGGACAAGAACUUAUUUGAUGAAACUACUUGGGAUGCUAAAGCCUGCCUGAAGAUUCCAAAAUCAAACGGCGGAUUGUCCUCAUCAUCCACAGGACAAGCUGAGUACAAGAAAUCUGUGCUACAAUUACCACUGUGUUUACAAGCCCUCUGCCAGCAAGUGUCAUUACGUUCCACGGACAACAAGUACCAGAGAGCCCCAACUAUCUGGAGAAAGAAUAAGAAGAUAUACAUAUAG